AUGGCUGCUGUUCAGGGGAGUUCGUUGAACCCGCAUGCACCCGAAUAUAUCCCUGUGUCCACUCUGCCACCCCCACUCCCUCCUCCUCGUACCGUCGAUUCACCGCCACAGGAGAAUGUGCGACCACGUCGCCAGCGUCGGCAUAUUCCUCCUAGACUAGGAGGGCUGGUGAAAUACGAUGUGAUACCUAUAAGUUCAACACAUGAGAACAAAACUACUGUAAUGAUAAAAAAUAUACCAUAUCAUUACAACCGUGAAAUGUUGAUGCAAUUUCUAGACGAGUACUGCUUCCUGGAGAAUCAAAACGCGAGAAAUUCAAAUGGAGAAAAUUUUCAUGUCUUCGCUUAUGAUUUCUUGUAUUUGCCUAUGGAUUAUAAAAACAAUAGGAGCAUAGGCUAUGCAUUUGUGAAUUUCACUGAUCACCGAACUCUGUGGAAUUUUUUUUGGGCUUUUAAUGACAAACUACACGUGUUUCCAGGAUCUGUAAAGAGUGUUGAGAUUGUCGCUGCGAAGAUCCAGGGAAAAAAUGCUUUAGUGAACCGAUUCAAGAAAACAAGACUUAUGUGUAAAUCAGAAAGGUUUCUACCAGUUUGGUUUAAUCCUCCAAGAGAUGGUUAUGGGGAAUGGGUGCAAAUGAUUACUGUGGGGGCAUUACAAAGUCACUACAGAUAA